AUGACAGGAACCUCAAAGGCUGGCUCAGAGGCCAUUGAGAUGGAGAAUGCUCCCACUCAGCCUGUUUUCCUGGCAGAGAAGCUUCAAGAUGGUGACGAGGCAUUGGAAAUCCUUCAAAGUCAAUAUGUCGAGUAUAGUCCAGAAGAAGAAAGGAAGUUGAGAUGGAAGAUUGAUCUUCGAUUGGUGUCUGUCAUGUUGGUUGUCAAUGGAAUACAGUUCGUCGACAAAUUGACUAUCGGAUAUGCUGCGACUUAUGGUCUCGUCACCGAGGCGCACCUGGUCGGACAGGAGUAUAGCCUGCUGGUGACGAUGUUCUAUCUUGGUUACCUGAUCGCGCAAUACCCGACCAGCUAUCUUAUGCAAAGAUUCCCUACCGGUCGAUAUCUGACAGUCAACUUUGUUCUGGGUGCCACCACUUUCCCUUCGUUGGCCGCCGCUCGAUUCUUCCUCGGCGUCUUUGAGUCGUGCUUGAACCCUGGAUUCGUGCUAAUCUCUUCAUCCUGGUGGAAACGUGAGGAACAGGCAGCUCGUAUUGGUCUUUGGUAUAGUGCAAACGGCCUGGCGUCGUUGCCUGCUGGCGUUUUGUUCUGGGCUAUCGCACAUAUUGAUGUCGACGGCAUGUUCCCAUACCAGUGGAUGUUCAUCAUCUUUGGUCUCCUGACCGUCCUAGUUGGUGCUAGUCUUUGGUGGAUUCUUCCCGACACUCCGAUGAAGUGCAGGUGGCUCAACGAUCGUGAGCGUGUUAUUGCCGUCCAGCGCCUCAAGGACAAUCGCACCGGAGUCAAAAACAACCACCACAAGAAAGAGCAAGUUGUCGAAGCUCUCACCGAUUAUCGUGUAUGGAUGUUGCUGUUCGCCGUCUUCUGUCACAACAUGACAAAUAGUCUGCAGACCAACUUCACCGGAAUCAUCAUCAAGGGUUUUGGUUACAGCACAUACCAAUCCGUUCUAUUGCAGAUCCCCGUAGGAGCAAUCACGGCCGUGGCAAUGAUCCUUUGUGGCUUCUUCCUCUCCUCAAAAUGGGGCCAAGGAAAGCAUAUAUUUACCAUCAUCUGCUGCUACUUCCCCGGGAUCAUCGCAUGUGGAAUCCUAUACGGAGUCCCCGUGAGAGCAACUACACUGAGCGCCCACCUUGCAGCUAUCUUCCUCAUCCCGAUCGUUGCCACCGCUGGUGGAUCAAUGUAUUCCUUGCUGGCAGCCAACAUCGCCGGAUACACCAAGAAGACAGUGACCGGAACAUUGUUCUUCUCAGCCUACUGUGUGGCCAAUAUCAUCUCACCACAGACUUUCCUAGCCUCACAAGCCCCUCUCUACACAACUGGAGUCUUCGUGACCCUAGCCGCCUUCAUUGUCAACAUCAUCCUCUUCUCGGGCCUAUACGUCGUCUACUCGCGCGACAACGCAGCCCGCAAACGCGAAAUGGAAGAAACCGGACAAUUGGAUGAAGCCAGCGAUCUCGCCAACGCAUUUUCUGAUCUCACAGACCGACAAAAUUGCAUGCUGAUCUACAAAAUCUAA